GUACAGUACCGUUCAUCUAUCACAUUCACUUGUUCUCUCCCGGAUCGCCAGCAGCUGCUCAGCAUCAGCAAACAUGAAGUGCGCAGUGGUGUUGUGUUGUCUGCUCGCUUUAUACUCGCUGGCUGCAGCUCAGGGAGGCCAGAGGUUUUGCGGACGACGGCUGGCACGGACGCUGGCCGAUCUCUGUUUUGAAGUUGACUAUGAAGAUGCGGUGAAGCGGUCUGACGGGGGAAGUAGGGGAUACGGCACUCACGGCUGGCACUGGGCGGCGUUAGGAGGUGACCGGGGCAAGAGAGGAGUCAUCGAGGAGUGCUGCGAGAGAGCCUGCACGCUGGACGAACUAUUCACCUACUGCUAGCGUCUGUUAUAUUACCACUUCGUGAGAUA